AUGGCUUUCAAUAAUGCAUCAGCUGGAAGUUCAGCAACUCUCCUUUCCUCUUCUAUCCUACUGCUCCUCUUCGCAUCAUGCUUCACCACAAGCCUAGCCAAUGUUCUAAAAUCUGGUGAAGAACUUUCCAGUGGGAAUUCCUUAUCAAUCUACGACUAUAAAUUUAUAAUGGAGAAAGAUUGUAAUUUAGUGUUAUAUGACAAAAAUAUAACUCUCUGGUCGUCGAACACCGCAAAAAUGGGCACGCACUGUAAAUUGCGUUUGCAAGAUAAUGGUGAGAUGAACAUCUUCGCUGGUACGAACAGCGUCUUGAUAUGGAGCAGUGAGACAGGAGGGGCAUAUGGUAAAUACGCACUUGUGCUCCAACCAAAUGGUAAUGUUGUGGUCUAUGGAUCUCCACUGUGGUCUACCGGUGCACGUAUUCCUAAAGAUUAG